ACCUGAUUGGCUGUAGGUCACGGCACACGCAAAGCACGUCUUUACCAAACAAUCAGGGGCUGGUGGAUAUCAAAUGCGUCCUCUUCAACCCAAAUAUUUACGAAUCGAUUCCUCGAAGCUUGUCGUUCACUGAUCGUUUGAAGGGAUGGCGGAAAGCGAGGUGGACACGCCGAGCACCCCGAUAGAAUACGAGAGCAAAUACUUCGAAUAUCACGGAGUUCGCCUCCCUCCUUUCUGCAGGGGCAAGAUGGACGAGAUCGCCAACUUUUCCUUAAGAAGUAGCGACAUAUGGAUCGUUACUUAUCCCAAGUCAGGUACGAGUUUGUUACAGGAGGUCGUGUAUCUGGUGAGCCAGGGUGCGGACCCAGAUGAGAUCGGGCUUAUGAAUAUCGAUGAGCAACUUCCCGUGUUGGAAUAUCCACAGCCGGGACUGGAGAUUAUCCAGGAACUCACAUCCCCACGUCUGAUCAAAAGUCACCUGCCAUACCGUUUUCUACCCUCAGCAAUGCACAAUGGAGAGGGCAAGGUGAUAUACAUGGCCAGGAACCCUAAAGAUCUGGUGGUGUCUUAUUAUCAGUUUCAUCGCUCUUUGAGAACCAUGAGCUACAGGGGGACGUUUCAGGAGUUCUGCCGGAGAUUCAUGAAUGACAAGCUGGGAUACGGCUCCUGGUUUGAACAUGUGCAAGAGUUCUGGGAACAUCGUAUGGACUCCAAUGUUCUCUUUUUGAAAUAUGAGGACAUGUACAAGGAUCUGGGAACCCUGGUAGAGCAGCUGGCCAGGUUUCUAGGCAUCUCCUAUGAUAAAGCUCAAAUGGAGACCAUGUUGGAGAGCUGUAACCAGCUCAUUGAGCAGUGCUGUAACUCUGAGGCUCUGUCCAUCUGCAGGGGUCGUGUUGGGCUGUGGAAGGACAUUUUCACCGUGUCCAUGAAUGAAAAGUUUGAUGGAUUGUACCAACAAAAGAUGGAAAAAUCUGACCUGACCUUUGACUUUAUUAUGUGAGGAGGCAACAAGGGACAAAGAACCGCUCAAAGAACCAACUAACCAACUAGUUCAUCCGACCCGCUGUGCUUAGCGCAACCUGCUGGAACUUUCUAUCAUAGAGAUUUUAUCUUUCCAUCCCUAGCAUCUCUUUAUCAUCAUGGCUUUCUUUAGUUACUCCAGAGUUACUUCUACGAGCGUUUUCUUGUGUGUGCUUGUGUAAACAGUGCAUCAGAAGUGUGAGCACAGUGCUUGUAGCGUUUGCACAUUGUACAGAGCUGUUCCAUAUCCCAAAGGCGCUUAUGAAAUGUGUAUUUAUGAAACAAAUCGGAAUUAAAAAUGAUUUUAGACUAUAUUCUGUAUUGGAAAACCCAUAUGGCAAACUCAGAAUUGUCUUGUCUGAGCGUUUGCAUUUCUCAGGAGUAUUCUUAAAAUCAUUGGCUACCAGAUGCACCAAAUAUGCAGUCAUCCAAUCACAUCUCAGGUACUAAAAACCUGACCCUCACUAUGAAUGCUGAUUGGCUCCUGGCUGAAAGAUCUCAAAGAAUGUGUGGAGUCUCAUUUAGUUUCCUAUUGUGCACCUUGGUUAUAUUCCAGUACAGCUGUUUAUACAAACUGUAUGUAUUAUGAUUAUAAUUAUGUAUAUUUUCACACGUGGGCUGUGUACGAAAGUGUUUGUGAUCAUCACAUCACAAAUAUCAUUCAAGAUCAUUUUUUAAAUAUAUGGCAUAAUGUUUCAAAGUGCAAUCCCCAAACAGUUAGAAGUCUAUGAAUCUUCCUAAAGGAGUGAGAACUUUUACAUGCAUAUCAUAAAAAACGCAUCAGAAGUUCUACAGUAUGAGCAGAUAUGAUCUUGUGAUUACAUCACUAGGUUCACAUAAAACAUGCAUGAGGUUAACUCAAAAUACCAGCACUUGUAACAAACCGAGUUAAAAUUGUACACAUAUUCACAAAAGAAUGCAUUUCUACAUGCUUAGAUAUGCGGUAGUGUACUGCUUUCUACAUUUUGCACAGUAUGCACAAAAUACAGCUGUAGGAUGUGAAACAAGAUUGCACAACAUUGUUGUCAUAUGAUCCAGAAAGCGAUCUGAAUUAAAAACAUGAGAAAUGCACAUUUUGCAUUUUUUAACUUACAUUAAAAUGUAUGAAAUGGCUUUUCUCAUGGUCGUUCAAAUGCUGAAUCAAUAAGGAAAAAUUAUGUUGUGUGCCGUUCAUUCAUGAACCUGGAUAAAAAAAGGUCAAUUGCAUUGCAUUGUGGGAUAUAAUAUUUCACACAGUGUGCUUGUAUACGGUACGUUUUGGCAAAAGUAGAAGUUUAUGCAUUCAGAAAAUGUGCAUGCAUACUUUGCAUAUAAGUAUGCAUACUCUCAAAGAGUGAGAGUAGUUUGCUAUUCUGAACAUUCAGCGCUGUGACGUCAUGAACCGCUCCUGUAGUCCAUCAGGUGCAAGAGAUUUCCAAGCAUUCUCUCUUUUCUCAUGCUCAGUGUCACAUCAUCCUUUCUGAAUGACUGACAACAACAAUGC